AUGAAUUUCGACACAGUCACCGUGCGCGUCGGCGAAGCAGACACAGCAGUCGAUAUCACCGUCUACCGCGAUGUUUUGUCGGCUGUCUCACCUUACUUUCGUAGCGCUUUCGAGGGUCCCUUCGUGGAGGCUACAGAUCGCUCCAUAUCCCUGACAGACGUCACCGAACAGACUUUCCGUAUGUUUCUACAGUGGGCACAUAGCCAAAAAUGUCAGCUGUCAAACGGCGCUGCUUUCCCACAACAUGGAAUACUUGUCCAAAAAUCGACAAGGAAGAAUAUGGAACAAACUACCACAGGCUCUGCAGAGCUGCAGCUUCCGCUUCGUACGAGCAGCAGUCCAAAUGCUGAGACUAUGCCGGACACUACAGCAGCAAUCGACGAGCACGACGACUACGACGACCACAGAUCAAUGGUCACCAAAGCGCUAGGCCAGCUGUACCAUGCGAAUCCGGAAUGGAUCCACGGAUACCGCCUGUCGUUGCUUUCUUUCUUGCGUCUUUACAUCUUUGCCGACAAGUACAACGUCCCCCAGCUACGAGACGACAUUUUGACUGCCAUGAUCGCACAGUCACAUGCAUGGAAUUGGUGGCCCGAUAUUGAACGAGAACUGAUGAAGUCUGCGUACGCAAAUCUACCACCAUCAUCCAAGUUCAUUCGCCUCUUGGUGCUGUCCACAGCCUACUGUUGGCUCUUGGAGCCUGAGACCUGUAGUGCUACUAGAAUGCGUACGAUGAUGGAGAUGAAUGCAGAGUUUGCUUUCGAAGUCAUCGUUGUACAGAACCAGAUGCUCAAAAAUAGUAGGUCGUCAGGGGGUCUGCCGCUUUGGUUGGAGGACGCUGUGCCCGAUUCUUGCACCUUACAUGAGCAUCUGGUUCAAGACGCAGCACAAUGUCGAAAGCGCAUCCGCGAUCAGUCGCACAUCCUCACCGGGCUCAUCGAGAUGUGCGCGGCAGAUGUCGUAGGAAUUACGAAAGAGUCUGGCGAGGAAUAG